AUGGCGACCACUUCGACAGCGAAACCUCUGCUCCAUCUGGUGUUCGACAAUGUCCAAGAUGACGAGACCAUCUACCAACGUUGUGUCAUUAUCAAGGCACGAUACUCCCCUAUAGACAAGUCCCCAUCCAUGACGACGGUCCAGCAAAUGUCCCCCAGCGGAGACGAGCUAUACCCGCCACAGACCUGGCCAGUGGCAGAGGGAUACACCAAGAUCAUCGUCAUGCUCAACCCUGGAUUCAAUGUGCUCCACAUCCACCCGAACAGCGAUGCCACUCAAGUCACCAAGCUGAGGCUGAACUAUACUCCCAUUCUGAAGCAGCCACCCCUCCACCUAGCCGUGAUGUUCGGUAGCGACUCCGACCUCGACAUCGACUUCGAGCCUAGCAAGGCCGUUCCUGGCUUCGAUGAUAGGAGCUCAAUCGAUUCCGCUAUCAAUAGGUUUCGCAUGACCGCCUACCUGUGGCAGGCCAUGAUCGCAGAGGACAUGCGCAUGAGGGGCCUGGGCCGGCGAUCCUUCCGCCUCGAUGAGGACUGGGGGAUAGACACAACCAGCGCAAGUUUCCUCCACGCCGUCCAGCAGGCUGACAUUUGGGAGGCAGGAGCCGCGCGGCAGACUGCGAGAAUCCACUUGAUCAAGUCGGACCACACUGUGGAAGAGAUCACAAACGCGAAGAUAGCCCAGGACAACCCGCUGGGCAGGAACAAGAAGACGCUGCAUACCUGGUUCACAGAAGCCCUGAAGACUUCCGGAAUAGGUGUAUUCACAGAUUCAGCGAGGCCUAUCAUAGCUGGGUUGAUCCUCGACUCCCGUUGGGUGCAGGAGGACCUAUUCGUGCAUGGCCACGCCGCCAUGGGCUCACACAAUCCCGUCGGAGUCUCCCUCUGUGUCAUGGGCAGCCACUUGGAGUACUGUUGGCCCCAAUACCUGGAGGAGAUCAACAGCUACCUGAUGGAUGCAAGCCGCCCUGAACACGGUGAAGUGUCAACCGCGAACGCGGAGACCGGCACCAUGUGGGAGGUUUGCUCUAUUGGCCAGACCGACUUCCUCCACCAGCUCGGCCACGCAUUUGGCGCCGCGCACACCACGGGGAUCAUGAGGGGCGGCUGCGCCCGGCAUUGGCCUCGCCACUUCGUCGUGCGGACAGCGCCCGAUAGGCUGACCGGGGAGGACGGCAUAGUCGUGAAGCACGGCGAGACCGCGAACGAAGCCACAUUCGACAUCAAAGACUUACUCGCUUUCUCCCUUCUGCCGCAGUUCUGGCUCCCUGACGACCCUAGACUCCCAAUGGACCCUCUCUUCGCCCGCUACAUGAUGCCGUCCGUCCACGUCGAAGAGCUCGAGGACGAGGAGGGUAACCUGGAGAAACAGCUUGUUGCGUCCUCUCCAGCCAAUAUCGUCCGGGUCCUCUGGAACGGAGAGCCUAGUGAGAGGCCUUCGCUGGAGCAUCAGCUCAUCGGAGCCAGGGUUCCAGUCAGGCAGAUAGAGGAGUCGUUCUCCCGCGACACGACGUUGCGCCUCUCCAUCCUCGCCGGCAACGGUAAGGAACGCGUGAUCCCCAACUUCUGGGACCUCGUCACGGACCCGUCCACCAUCCGCAUCCCCGGCUCCGACGUCGUGCUGCACCGGCGCUCGGUCAUGUGCAGGAAUUUGGAGGAGGGCGUCGAUGGCAUGCAGCGCAAGACCCUCUGGCGCUGGGCCACGCUGCUGAGCAAGCGAAUGGAGCACGGCACCAUUGCUCGCGCCAACGAGAUCAACAUUCGCAUCGGCUGCUACCUUCUCGGUCUGUACGUUCGCUUCGAGGAUGGCUUCCGUGUCAACUGUGGCCCGCGCUUCCACAAGAUGAUGGGCGGAAAGUAUCAGAAGCACUUUGACGGGUGCAUCCCGGAACACCUCAUGAUCCCCCGGAGCCAGGAGAUUGUGCGGGUCGAGGUUGGGCGGGACUUGAGUGUCCUCCGCGGCGUGACUACUCACCUUAGCAAUGGCGAGGUAAAGGGUGCGCUCUCCGGCGGCGCCCCUUUUGAGGAGCGCUGCAUGUUGGAGGCUUCGAAGGGAGAGCGAAUCGUCGGGUUCUACGGCCGCAGCUACUUCGGCGAGAAGCUUGACUCCGUGGUCGAGUUCGGCAUCAUCACCGCGCCCAGGGAUGUCGAGCUCCCUGUGGAGGAAGCCGACUACGAUCGAGAUGACGACCCCGACGCCCUGCCGAGUAAUGAAUCCGACCUGGACGCCGAAUCCAACGACCCCGAUAUCCCCAACGAUGCGGACGAUUCCGACCACGAUUUCAUCGGGGCCAUGGCUGGGUUGGAGAUCGCUGCACUGGACGUGGAGGAUUGA